UGAGCCCCACCCUAGUGUUGUUUGUUACAAAGCUAGCGAGCCCAAAUGCGAAAAUGUUUUUCCCCUUGAUGGAAUCUACCUGGACAGGUGAAGAUUGUAUUCUCUAAGUUUUGCUAAGCUGUCGAGCCGGCGUGACGUAGCGGUCAGUCUGCAGUGAAUGUUUACAAGUUGAGUGCGCAUUACACGGGGCUUCUUGUGAUAUUUUCAGAAUGGUCAGUUUGCAUUGUUCAGUGCAGUGAUAAGUCCAUAGUGCGUGAGGGAAUAACGUUCGCGGUGAUUCGAAUAACGUCCAGGAAGCUGAAAUUCCAUGGAUAAAACUGUGUUAUCUUGCAAGUGUAUGGAUUUCCGUGAAUAUCAGUCAAAGUCUUAUUCAUAUGAUUCCUCACAAGAAGUGCAAUAAUGGGAUAUGUGCGGUAUACUAGGAAGCUAUUGUGUGUCGAUCUUACCUCGAUUUUGAUAUUCCUGUUAUUGCUGAUUCACGCUCCUGGUCAAAAUGUGCCGCAGAGUCCGUGUCCGGAGUUGUUCCAGUACCGCUUCGACGGGACAGAAUGGUUUGGAUUACUAUCGCUGAAGGGAUUACAGCUGGGUCAAGCGAUCCGGAUAAACAUGAACUUGUCAUUGCGGGGCAAGUUGCCCACUACAUAUCCGGGUGCUCUUGAAAUCUAUUCAUCACGAGAGGAUGCUUUGCAAGCCAUCAUAGCUAGCAAGCCUGUACUCUACAGAGUUCGACUCCCAGUACAGCAACCUUUACCUCGCGUGACGCAAAUCCUAUACAACAAUCGAGUGAUCUGCACUGGACCAGCAGAUUAUGGACCGAUUCUCACAUCUAUUAAACUGGAACAUACACUCCACACACAGCUAGCAGCUCAGCAAUUGGCCAGUCAGAGUCCUGCUCCAGUUUACCAAAUUUACGUCCCCGACUCAGGAGUUUCUGGAACUUUUGACGUACAAACCGUUCCAAACGUGAAUCAAAGAGAUGAAAACUACAACAGAUAUGAAGUUACCAAUAAUCAAAGGUUGCCGACAUCGGAUACCAACCGCCAACCAACUCCCCAAGUAUCCUCAGUGCCGAUUUAUAGUGAGCCUGCAAGACGACCAUUUAGACCGUUGCCUGCGCCAGUGGACGCUAUACCUUCUCCCUCAAGGGAAGAAGUAUAUCAGAACAACUACGACCAAAUCACAAGGCGACCGGCACAGACUUCAGUGGACAGCUUCAACACCCCACAAAGAGGGGAAGUAUACGAACGACCUAUUCAGCAACCAACAAGACAAACUACAACAACCAAACCUCCACCAAGGAGGAAUCCCCCGCGUACAUCAUCAAGUUCAGUGUCUAGUUCCAAUACAAAUCGUCGACCUAGUUCAUCAAAUCAGCAGUCGCAAUUGACUGGUUCCAAGACGCAACAAUCGAGUUCAAACCAGCAAUAUUCCAGUUCGCAACAGAGGCAGCCAAGCACGACGAGACGGCCAUCAAGCUCUAGCCAACAGAGACCCAGCUCCAGCUCCAGCCAAAGCCAAUCAAGUUCGCAGCAACAACACUCUCCUCCGAAUCGCAGGGAGUCCAACCCGCAGAGUGCUAGCCAACUUCAGUCUACCUCAAAUAAUAGGCAAUCUAGUGGGGAUAGUGAACCGAGUAAAUUGGCAGCAAUCAAUAAAAUCUGUGGCAUGACUGAUAGCAAAUUCAACGUGCGACCUCUUGUUGUCGGUGGCGAUGAUGUAAAGCGGGGAACAUGGCCCUGGCUUGCUGCCAUCUACAUCAACUCGCCCACAUCCCUUUCAUUUCAAUGUGGAGGGAAUUUGAUAACGAAUCGAUUAGUGCUGACUUCCGGGCAUUGUUUCUAUCUAAAUCAUAAGAAAUACACGGCAAGUGACGUUAUUGUGUUUUUGGGUCGACACAAUAUUUUAAGUUGGGAAGAAAAAGGAUUUGUUUCGUCUAGCGUGGAUGGGGUCUAUAUACAUCCUGACUACAAACAUGAUGCACUAUCAUUUGAUGCGGAUAUUGCUAUUGUUUUGAUGAAAAAUGAAGUGAGAUUUACCGAAUACAUUCGACCUGUUUGCCUUUGGCCGCGACGAUCAACUACUGACGACAUUGUAGGAGAAAGAGGAGUGGUUGUAGGUUGGGGUCGUAAUGAAGCUGGUCAGAGCGUUAGUUCUGUUCCGAAACGGAUCGAAACGACCAUUGUAUCUGAUCUUGAUUGCAUCCGAUCGAAUGAGCAAUUCCGACUGUUGACAUCAAAUCGAACCUUCUGCGCUGGCGAUAAAAAUGGAAAUGGUCCUUGCACUGGUGAUUCUGGGGGAGGAUUGAUGAUUUAUCGAAGCAAGAAAUUUUGGCUACGGGGAACUGUUUCCGCUUCCUUACUUGACGCGAGCAGACACUCAUGCAACUUGAAUGAGUAUGUUGUCUACGUGGAUAUUUCCAGGUUUCUGGACUGGAUAAAGUCCUUUAUGCUAUUGUAAGUUAGAGUAUUGCAUUUGCGCUUAUUGCAGGGAUUUCUGUGCAUUUUACUUUUGUAGUGAUAGUAGUUCUUUGAAUUAGUUUUACAUGGACCAUAUUUAAGAUAUGUAUUGUAAGCAGACACUCAGACAAGCUGACUAUAAGAAAAUUGACAUAGUUGCCAUAGUACAUUCAGAGAAAAAUAUUUGGAACCAACUCUGACGUGCGUAUGUAAUUGAAUCGACAAAUAUACCUUAAUUUAUAAUAUAA